UAUUUAAUGAAUAGGAAAGGAUUACUUUUAAUAUACAUGUAUAACUUGUCCCGAAAGAUCAUUGAGAUGAAUAUGUUUAUUUUCUGCGUGUGUCUGUGGUUAACCUUUAUCUGUGGUUAGCCUAUAUCUGUGCUUACAUGUACCAAAACAACAGGACUAUAUUUAGAGCGAAAUAAUUGAUUGAAUCUCCCAUUCCAUUAAAGACCAAAACAUGGACUUUUUCAGUAGUGUAGAGAUGUAUAAAAAAGAUUCCGUAGUCCUGUCAGUGUAGGAAAUUGAAUAAAAUGUCGAAAAAUAAAGACACAUCAACACUUUGCAUCAGUCUUAUGAUGAUUUAUUCCCUUGUAUAUUUUGCAUUCGUUUAACAGAUAUUUGAAUGAUUUAUUAUUAACUUUCAGAGAGUAACUUUUCAAUCGCUCAUUGUUUCUGAUGGUCGUGACACCUUUAAUGUGAUAAACCAUAUAGAUGUUAAUGUUCCCCCGACAUUUGGUACUCGUGUUUCAAUGGGCUACAGAUACGGACGAUUUGUAGAAAGAAAUACGUAUUCUAAUCAACCAGCCUGCUUUCGAAUGACAGAAAUUCCUGGUAAUACAGGGAUUCGUGGAUUCUGGGUUACAAAAAUGACAACAGGUAUCGUGGCAAAUCCACUGGAGAUCGAAUGCUAUAACUGGUAUGUUGUACAAUCCCAAAAGGGAAUCCCGUCUCCAUGGUGGUUGACGUGUCCUUGUAGUGGUUCUGCUAUGAGAUUCCUUAGUUCUCAAUUUGCCCUUUAUCGAAUUGAUGCAGUUAACAACGUUGGUUGUUAUGUAUCAAUUACCUUUGGAUCAUCUUUGGAGUGUUGCUAUCAGCUGAUUUUUGGUUUACUGGGACCUCUGAGCGGACGAAUUCCUGAGGCCGGAUCAGUGCUGUCAGAAAAUCCAUUCUUUCAGCCAAGAGAGUAUUAUCUUAAUAACUGGAGAGCAAAAGUGGUAUGCUGUGCAUCAGGACAUUGCGAUUGGUAUUACAACUUACGACCAAGACCCUCCGUCUGCCUCAGGCGGAUACCUGUUCGAACAGCGUGGUUCUUUGGAGAUCCUCAUAUAAACACACUGGAUGGUGGAGCGUACACUUUCAAUGGAUAUGGUGAAUAUACAAUGAUGAAAAUAGACCAUAACGGUACCAAGUUUGAACUCCAGGCUCGUACAGAUUUAACAACGAAUGCAAAUGGCACAAAGAUAAACGCCACAAUAUUUAGUGCCUUUGUUGCAAAAGACCAAACGGGAUCUGUUGUACAGGUGGAAAUGUCAAAGAGCAGAACACGCAUGUAUGUUCGUGGAAAUGGACGAGAUUUGACAACGGACUUUGAGAAUAACCCCGACUACAUUUUGAGAACCUUAAAUCUGUCUUUAUCAAAAGACAAUGGAACUUAUGUUGCAUCAUUUGUUCAAAGUGGGUCAAUAAAUUCCUCCACGUCUCUUUUCCAUUAUGACACUGGACUGUCUCACAGCAAUUACUCGCACCCAGAUUUCGUGCCAUUCUUUAUAGACGAGGUAGAAGAAGAAAAAGUCAACGAAGCAAAACAAGUAUGUGGUGGCAAUAAUGCCCCAAAAGCUUGUAUUUUUGACUUUCUAGCAACCGGGGAUACGUCACUGGCAAAAUCCUCAGGGGCAGACGCUGAUUCAUCUGCAGCCGACUCAGCUUCUUUAGAAAAUGAGAUUCCAAAUAUAGAAGGGGAUACGGAAAUUCAGGCAUUGGUUAACAAGUCGGUGGAAAUAAAGUUUAAUGCUUCAGAUGAUGGUACUUAUACUUACGAAGUACUUAAAAAACCUCCAGGCUUUUCUUUCAAUAACCUUACUGGCAUAGCUACAUGGACGCCACAGGACACUAACAUAGCAAAUAUUAGCGUGACUGUGGUUGACAACAAAGGAGAACAAGCUGCUCCAGUAGACGUCGCUGUUAUUCUAUGUUCCGGUUGCAGUGGUCGGGGAACAUGCAACUAUAAUGAUACACUGAGUUCUGCAAGUGAACUGUUUAAAUAUGCUAAAUGCAUUUGUGAUAUAGGAUAUACAGGACAAGAUUGUGAGAACGAUAUAGAUGGGUGUGCCCAGUCUCCCUGUGCCCAAGGUAGAAAUUGUACAGACUUGACACCUGAGGAGGAGCGUGUACAGGGGAGGGGAUACAAUUGUUCUGACUGUCCUACUGGUUAUUUCUUAUCGGACAACAAAUGUGAAGACACUAAUGAAUGUAAUAGUUCAGCAACAAAUUCAUACAUAAAUGAGUGUGAGGUUGGAGGUAUUUGUUCCCAGGACUGUCAGAAUUCUGUUGGUUCAUUCACUUGUUCAUGCUUUGCUGGCUUUACUUUAGACCAAGAUAAAACAACCUGUUUAGAAUGCGAACCUCCUAACUAUGGUGUUGAUUGUCAACAAACUUGUACAUGUGGUAAGGGGAUGGACCGCUGUGAUCCAGUGACAGGUUGUGUCUGUAAAUCUGGCUGGACAGGAAGUAACUGUGAUCAAGAUGUCAAUGAAUGUACAGAAAACCCAAACAUCUGUGGUAGUGACAAAAUUUGUCAAAACUUGGAAGGAUCUUACUCGUGUAACUGUCGAACUGGAUUGGAAAAAGUCAGUGACAACUGUAUUGAUAUUGAUGAAUGUGAUAACGCUGCCUCCAAUAACUGUUCCACAGCGAUGUCUGUCUGUACCAAUAACAUUGGAGGUUACACAUGUACAUGCAAAUCUGGAUUUAAUAAUAAGAACCCUUACGAAUGUGAAGAUUUUGAUGAAUGCGAAGCUGAAGUCCAUGGCUGUACUCAGAAUUGUGUGAAUGUAGAUGGAGGAUUUAACUGUGAAUGUGAAUUUGGUUACACAUUGGAUGAUGAUAGAAAAACGUGUAUAGAGGAAUGUAAUGGAUUUACUUAUGGAGAGAAUUGUGCCACACCUUGUAAUUGUGGAGUUGGUUCUGCAAGCUGUGACAAAGUAAGAGGUUGUGUAUGUUCAGAUGGAUGGACUGGAGAAAAAUGUGACCUUGAUAAAAACGAGUGUGCUUCAGUUAAUCCUUGUACUGGAAUAAAUGAAGAAUGCAGAAACAGUCCAGGAUCAUAUAUGUGUGUUUGUGUCACUGGAUACGAAAAGAAUACAACCACCCAGACAUGUCAAGAUAUCGACGAAUGUUCUCCGAAUCCAUGCAGUGAAAACUGUACCCAGAAUGCCGCAGGUGCCGGAUACACGUGUUCCUGUGCUGCAGGAAAGAGACUGGAUGUAGACCAGAGAACAUGUGUUGACUGUGAAGGUUGGAGGUAUGGUCCUGAGUGUGCCUCAAAUUGUACAUGUGACACCCAGAACACUAUAUCUUGUGAGAAAGUGUCCGGAAGCUGUGCCUGUAAAUCUGGUUGGGAGGGACCCACCUGCCAAAGUGAUAUAAACGAAUGUCAAAAUACGACAAUUUGUCCUAUUAACUCGGAGUGUUUGAACAGUAAUGGAUCGUAUUCUUGUAUUUGCAAUCCUGGUUAUGCGUUUGCCAAUGGAAAGUGUGUUGGGUGUUCUAGUACCACAUAUGGACAGGAUUGUGCCAAUCAAUGCACAUGUGACAUCACUAACUCAAGGUCAUGUGACAAACAAAACGGAACUUGUUACUGUAAUGAUGGAUGGACAGGUGUCAAUUGUACAGAGGACAUCAGAGAAUGUGAUAACAAUCAAAAUAUAUGUGGAGCUAAUGCUAAUUGUUCUGAGAUUCCUGGUUCAUAUGUGUGUAAUUGUAAUCCUGGAUUUAAAAAGGAUGCCAGUGGUGUCUGUGAAGAUGUAAAUGAAUGUGUAAUAGGGACGGACAACUGUGAUGCACAUGCAAAUUGUACCAAUUCAAUUGGGAGCUUCAGUUGUGCCUGUAAUACUGGAUUUAGUGGGAACGGUUCUUCUUGUACACCUUUACCAACAACAACAAGUCUAGUUACAACAGAAACAACUGCACAGAGAUCUGAAACAACAUCCGAGAGCUUAACAUCUAGCAUACAAAGUACACAAACUAGUCCAGAAAUCCCAGAGCCAACAACACGUGGUACUGAAAGAACUUCAGAAAGCUCAGAACCAAUAACACAUAGUACUAGAAGUACCCCAGGGAGCCCAGCGCAAACAACACAGAGUACCAGAAGCUCUUCAGAAAGCCAAUCGCUAACAACACAGAGUACGGGAAGUUCUUCAGAAAGCCCAGCGCCAACAACACAGAGUACAGGAAGCUCUUCAGAAAGCCCAGCGCCAACAACACAGAGUACAGGAAGCUCUUCAGAAAACACAGCACCAACAACACAGAGUACGAGUACUUCAGAAAGCCAAGCGCCCACAACACAGAGUACGGGAAGUUCUUCAGAAAGCCCAGUGCCAACAACAAAGAGUACAGGAAGUUCUUCAGAAAGCCCAGCGCCAACAACACAGAGUACGGGAAGUUCUUCAGAAAGCCCAGCGCCCACAACACAGAGUACGAAAAGCUCUUCAGUAAGCCCAGCACCAACAACACAAAGUACAAGUACAACUGAAAGUCCACAACAAUCUACUCCCGAAGUAACGACGCAAGGAAAAAUAGAGCCCUAUGUUCCAGAGGAGAAUGAGGUCAAACUUGGAGUUGUUUUAACUUUUGAAGACAAUAUAGACUUGAGUGAUUAUGAUACAGUGAAACAAAACAUGGGAAUAGCACUUUCGAAUUUCUACAGCAAGAAAAUUAAAGGAUUUAUAAAAGUUAUUAUCCGAUUAAUAAGGCGAGGGAGUACAAUUGUGGAACACGAUAUUGUCGCAAAUAGAACAGAUGAUACCGAGCAAGACAUUGCUCAGACAGUUAUAAGCCUGUCAAAGGGAGAGAAUAAAGUAGAGUAUAAUAAUGGAAACCUUUCGACUGACUCGGUAGCGGUGGAUGACGGAAGUGGGAAUUUUAAAAAUAUAACAUCAUCAUCUUCUAGAUGUGAUAUUUAUGUUGUAAACAAUCCUUGUAAACCUGGGGAACAAUGCAUUGAGAGUGGAAACAGAGUAUACUGUUCAAUGAUCUCUGAUGAUUAUGACGAAUUUAAGCUGAUUGUCGGUCUUGGAGUUGGAAUACCCCUCUUCUUCACCGCAGUUCUCAUCUUCACCAUUGUAAUAGUUUUCUUAAGAAGACAUCGCUAUAAAGAAAAUUCAUUAAGCUCGUCUGAUGAUAAUGAUGAUUAUUUAGACAGAAACAUGUUUGGAGGUCAAGGAACAUACUUUUCCUCUGGCAUUCCAACAAAGAUUGACAGUUGGGGUAGACAGAGAUCGCCCUACUCACCUCAUCACGGGUAUCAAACUGCAUUUAGAGAAAAGGAUGGAUUUGAUGAUGUUACUAGAGGAGGAGUAUCGCCUAUGUAUGAUGAUCCAGUUCAGUCUAAUUUCUCAUGGGAUUUUAUGUACCAAGCUUUGCACCCAAACGAGAAAUUUGAAAUCAAACGGCCCGAAAUUAGAACAAAACCAUUAAAUACUGAGUGACAUUGUAAACAGUGUGAUAUUCAUGUAUGUGCUGUGCGUUUUCAACGACGUUACAAGCUGCCAUAGACUGUCAAAUGUAUAUAAUGUGCAAUAAUCAAAAUGUAUAAAAUGAGCAAUUAUCAUUUAAUCCUUAUAUAGACUAUAUAUAUAUUGUUUACUUCAGUGAUUCUUUAUAUUUGGGAAAAUUCCGCAGCGGAAAUAAAUAUAAGAUCUAUAAAGGGAUAUAUCUUUUAUUAUGACCUUUGUUAAGUGGUACAUACAAUUGAUUAUCAUCUGUUUAACCUAUAUAGAAAUCUUGUAAACCUUCCGAGACAUUGAGAGUUGACUUAGGUACGAGUAGAAAAUUGUUAGAAAGGUUGUAUGUUAUGUGAAGAUUUGGUUAAAUAGGGUUUGGUAUAACAGCGAUUUAGAAAUGCCAAUAUAACAAAUGUAAAAAGUUUUAACAAAAUAUAAUGUAAUUGGUAUCCAUAAUUUUUCAAUCGUGCAAGUAUUUCGAAUCAAGUUGGUUUUCUUAUCGUUGUUAUGUUUUGUAAUGUUUUAUUUAUCCAAUUAAAAUCUUUAAAAUUUUACAGAAACAACUGUUAAUUGUACGAUACAGUAUAUUUAUAUGUAGAGAGAUUCACCAAUAUGGAAAAAUUGCAGGUUCACAAAAUUGUAUUAAUCCUCAGCUGGACAAUUGUAUAUUAUUAACUAUAAAUAGUGUAUUUUUGUCAAGAAAAAAAUCAUAUAUUUGCCCUUUGGCACUGUCUUGUUGGAACUACGUAGAAAACUAGUGAAAAAGGACAAGGGUAGCAUUUUCAAUUGUUCACAAUGUUAAUUUGAGUUAACUUCAGAAUUUAAAUGAUAUUUAAAAUACUCCAAUGCAGAUUGCUUUGAAUUUUUAAUUUUUUUUAACCUAUCAAAACAGAAGUUUUCCUACUAGUAAAAAAAAACCUACCGUAUAAGCAGACAUUUUAGCGAGGAUUCAAUUUUGGCAUUUUUUGCGAGGGUGUGGAGAUCGCUAAAAUUAAAUAUCGCUAACAAUUUAUUCCGCAUUAGAGGUAACCGUUAUAUUUCUGUGCACCAUAAAAUCGCUAAAAUUAUUUCUCGCUAAAAUUACUGAUAUUUUUAGUAAAAAUCACUUAAUUUAUCGUCUCACUAAAAUUUCCACUUAUAUGGUAUAUUUUGAACAUGAAAAUAGAUUACUAUAAAUCUCCCAAA